AUGGACUACAGGUAUGUUUUCCAGGUCCUGCGUAAGCUUUGGAUUAAUGUAAACAGUCCAACAUUUUCUGUUAUUGGGAGUGGGAGAUUCUUGGUGCGGGUGAGUUCUGAGGAAGAGCUCAGAGAGGUAGUGUACAGAAAAUGGGUAGUUGGGGGUCGGCUUCUGAUUACCAAUCAUUGGAAGCCAGGUAUAGAAUUACGCCAGAAUGAAAAGGAAGAUAUCCCUUUGUGGAUUCAUCUUCCUCAACUUCCAGUUUUGUUUAGGAAUUCGUAUAGCUUUAAAGCUAUUGCUAGGGGGAUGGGUGCCUCCUUCAUUAGAGCAGAUGAAUGCACGAUGCACAGGGACAAACUAGGUUUCGCUCGGGUGUGCAUGGAUGUUCCGCUUGAUUUCAGAACGGUGCCCAAAAUCAUCAUUGAAGCCAAGGGAAACAGGACAUCUCAACAAGUGUUAUAUGAAUCUAGGGUUCAUUACUGCUGUGUUUGUGGCACUACUUCACAUUACGAGGGUGCAUGUAAGAAUAAGGGUAAAGCAGAAACGUCAGGGGCUGAGGAGCAAGUUUGGAGUAAAGUUCUGGUCAUUAAGAAACAAAGAGAUGGGAUGCAGAAAAAUGACUCUGGCAGAAGGGACACACAAGGAAAUAGAUUUGCCUCACUUGGGAGUCAGCUUGAGAAUGAUGCAGGGAAUGGUAAGCAGACUGACCCAGGUCUGAGAACUUAG